AUGGCUCCAAUAGUUGCUGUCCCCAUCCCGAGCGAGUUAAGCGGGUUCUCUCGUAUAGCUCGGUGGUGGACGCACACCCCUUCGGUUGCCUUCGUCGCCGACAAUAGCUGGAAGGCGUUAACCGAACCCCAUGGAUUGGGUGUGCAACAAUUGGGGGUUUUGGUCGAAGGUGUUCCCGGCGUCUAUCGUUUGGGGAGCGGCCAGGCGACCGCAUCGCCGAGCCACCGAACAAAUCUUUUCUUCGGGUUCCCCGUUCCAGCUCGAGAUGCUCAGCCUCGUGUGCCAGGAAAAGUGCACCUACGCAGGGGGAGGACGAUCCUGUCGCCUCCGCGGCAAGUUGCGGGUCCUCCUACGGAGCUCCGACUCAUACUGUCUGACGCCGUUUCCCGCCAUGCUGCGGUGGUUUCGGAGAUAAGGGAUGCAAUCAAGUUGCUUACCGGGCAGAGGGCGCAUGUGUUGGCUGGUGAGCCUACUAAAGGGCGUUGCGGGGAAUGCGAAUGCUGCCGAAGGACCCCCGCGAUCAAAGUACCGAAAAGGAAUCACGCACCAAAGAAAACAAGCAAGACUUGCCGGCAGGGAAACAUUAUCACAGGCCCGGAGCCGAAAAAAGGUCCCGUCAUUGACACUAACUUUACCGUGGAUCACAUUCCCUUUACCACCAAGAGAUCAAAAAAACAAAUGAGGAAACCAUGCAAAGGUCGGAAGGAACCACGGUUCGGCUGCACCCUGACCGUUGUCUCGUUCCAAUACAUUUUUAUUGAGCUAUUUUCAUCUGCCGGUUAUCUGCAAACCCAUUCGAUGAAUGUGUUCCAGGUGGAUCUUACUUCGGAUGACGGCGUGGGCAAGAGUCGAGGGCGCAUAACUCCAAAACCUGCAGUGGAGGCCACGAGCCCUCCUGGCCGGCAGAAGCGCGAUGUCCAUCCUUUAGAUUCUACUGGAGUCGUCAACUUAAGCGGACAACAUAGUAUACAUGUGGAGGCCAUUCCAAAGUCCAUGAACUUGGUCUUCCGUCCGACGGAAGAAAUGAACUUGUCUUUAGUGGACUUGGCAGUCGCCGCUUACAUUUUCAACCAAGAUCUUUCAGAGAGUGAGGUUCUGGUCGACGUCGGCGACUGCUUUGCAAGUAGAGGAGCACUGAUGACUCUUGCCCCGAAACGUGAGGUUGUUGACGACGUGCUAAAUGCUGUGGUGCGCAUGCUGACGAAUGGGUCGAAGCGCAGUUGUUGGUUCCUUCCCACGAUUAUCAUGCAAGCUGCACUUUGCGGCCGGUCGCUGACAUCGGCGAACAUGACGUCGAUACGCAACAACUACAUGCGUAGCAAGGUUGACCAGACCACCAGGAUUUAUCAGCCUAUGUGGAGUGACCAACACUGGUACCUGAUGAUAGUGGACAUCCCGCGGAUGAAGCUGGUCUACCUGGACUCACUUCGAGACCCACGUGAAGCGGAUGCUAGGAAGACGGCAAUUAUUCGGGUGGCACUUUACCUGGAGGGUGUGACGCUUGGAAAAUCCUGGCUAUCGGGACCUGAGGCGAUGCGUCCCAGGUUCUCAACGUUCGAGUUCGAGGAGCCGGAGGUGCCUCAACAGCAGGGGGACUCCAUGGACUGUGGUGUGUGGGUCGCCCAGUGGAUGAUUCGAGAGCACUUGUGGCAAGAUUACGGGGUACAGCAUGUCUACAAUGCGACUCGGAUGCGCUUGGCGGUGGAUUUGGUGAUGAAGUCCCACAACAAACUGGCAGAAGACGCUGUCUCCAAAGCAUUUCGACAUUGGAAACAGAAACUUGUGUAGCAUUGGGUUCAUUUUGGUUGGAACGGUUGCGCGUGGUAUAUAUUUUGGCGCUGCUUGGUAUAUAUUUUGUGUCACUACCUUAUGGGAAGGAACCUUUUUUUUGCAUGCCAGGGUGAAAUUUACCUAUAUGCUUGUUUUGAUUAUGUAAUUUUUAAAGGAUAUACUUUGAAUCUUUACUGGAACCGGUAUCCUUUUGGAUGUACAUGGAACCCACCAGAGGUCCCGGAAUUCGUAGUAUAGGUUACUGCAAACUAACAAGGUUUUAAGGUUCUUAUUUAUCUGCAUAGGACAUGUGUAACACAACCCAUGUUCCUCCAUCUUGUACACUCUUGGGGUCUGAUUCAAGUUAACGGGGAUAUAGUUGCUCUUCA